UUGCAGGUAUUUGGAUUGCUUAUUAUGCUGUCACUCGUUAUCACCAAAUAUUUGAUUGCAUUAGCGAUAAUUGCAAUACUAUCAGUUACUGAAACGGAUGCACAGGCACUGGCACUAAAUCCUGCUACUUUAACUGGCAACAUGCAAGUAAACGGCAACACUGUGGCCGCUAAUGGCAACGCAAUGCAGUUGGUCUUUCUUGUUGGAGAUGAUCAAAGAAGAAAUCAAACUGAACAAUCUCCUCAACCUCCUCAAGCUUCUUCUAGUUCAGAUUUACUUGCAACUUUUUUACUAGCUUCAUUACUAGGGUCAGCUUCUCCAUAUGGUUAUUAUUAUCCAUACUUCGGUUACUCUCCUUAUUCCUACGGUUAUCCUCCCUAUUACUAUUAUUAUUAUGGAUAA